UAACACAGGCAGAGAUAGGCUCUGUCAUUCAGCGGCAGCGAAACUCAACAUAGGUAUAUAUAAACGUCGUGUAGUCGUGUGCUGUUAUUACAUUCGCGUACAUUGCGCAGACCGUCGUCAGCUCGUAUUAGCCAGUCGCCACUUACUACUCGUUCGUAACUGCCGCAACGUAUCGUCGCUCUGCCCGAGAGUCUCGAUAUAAUAAACGCACAUCCAUAAACGCAUCAAUUGACAAGUGCAACUACACGACUUCGGUUCAAUCGACUCGUUUACUCGUUUAAAGGUAGAACUUUGAACAUGUCAGACCAAUCGAAAGCUCAGGAAGCAGCGGGAGCGGCCGCAGCCGAUUCGGCUGGAGGACCGAAUUUCGAGGUGAUCAAUCGAGUUCGCAACAUACCGGUCGUUCAGUCCGUCCUCGAGAGAACCGGCUCGACCUAUUCCUACGUCAAGGACUCGCAUCAUCUCUUCAACUGGGCCCUGAACUACGCCGAGGCUGGAUUGCACUACGCCACUGCGACCGCCGCACCGAUCGCGGCACCGAUCGCCAAGAAAUUCGAGGGACAGAUCAAUUCCGUCGAUCAGAAGCUCUGUCAAGGACUCGACAUCGUUGAGCAAAAGAUUCCCAUGGUCAAGCAACCACCAACCCAGAUCUACGAAGCCGCGAAAAACGUGAUGAAUAGCUCGCUGCAACCGACCAUCGAAAAGCUGACCAAUGCCAAAGAAUCCGCUACCAACCAGGCAACUCAACUGAAAGACAUCAGCAUCUCCAAAGCCAACGAGAUCCUCAGCACGCACUACGGUGAAAUGGCUCUGAAAGGCGUCGAUAGCACGAGUGCCCUCGUGAAUCGAUUGUUGGAUCAUUACUUCCCUACCGUCGAUGGUGAACAAGAACCACCAGCGCCGGUAUCAGCCGACGAAAACAAGGUACUGCAUGCCGUACAGACUAUCGGUCAGUUAUCUACAAAGACGGCCAACUGCGUUUACCAUUCCAUUGCUGCUCAGUUGAAAACUGUAAAGAAGGAAGACGUCGCGAAUUACAUGUCCAGUGUCGUCUCGAUCUUGCAUCUGAUUAAUUUCGUCAAUUUGGGACAAAAGGAGCCCGAACCAACACCCACGCAAUCGGCCACGGACAAAACUGAAAAUGGAUCAAAAUCGUGAAUUGAAAUUGCGUUUGACUAACGUUUUUACUUACGCAAUAAAAAAAAAUUUCACUCGUUAUCGCUUGUAAUAUAAAAUUAAUUAAUAUUUGUGAAUAAGUAUAACACUUAUUGGGAAUUGUGAUUUAGAAUUUUUAAAAAAAAAUUCCAUUUUACAAUGGAUGGAUGUCCGUUAAAAUUUUCAAUAGUCGUUAUAAAAUAAUGUGAGUCAAAAUUGUAUACCAAACUUUUUCCAAUUUUGUACAUACAAACAUCUAAAUAUUUUUGAACUUUUAAUAAAUAUGGUAUUUUGUAUUUA